UGUGGCGCUCUCCUCCGCCGUAGGGAAGAGUCCCGCAGUCUCCAGCAGGCAGCAGCGCGGAGCCGAGCCGAGCGGCGGAGAGGCGGGCAGGGCGAGGCAGGCGGCAGCAGCGCGGCGGAGGCUGGCCGUGCCUGAUGUGAGACGGGGGCCAGGCGGGCGCCAGCGAGCCAGCGAGAUGGGGGGCGCCUUCGGCCUGACCCUGGCCCUUUGCCACUCCGUGGGGCUCUACCUGCAGCUCGGCGCCUCCUCGCGCCCCCCGCAGUGGGAGAACCAGCUCUCGGGCAACGCCUUUUUCACGGAGACCCCCCAUGACAUGACUGCCCGGGCCGGCGAGGACGUGGAGAUGGCUUGUUCCUUCCGUGGCAAUGGCUCCCCUUCCUACUCACUCGAAAUCCAGUGGUGGUAUGUGCGGACACACAGAGACUGGACAGACAAGCAGAACUGGGCUUCAGAUCAGCUAAAAGCAUCUCCACAGGAAGAAGCUGGGAAGGACGCGACAAAAAUAAGCGUGGUGAAAGUGGUCGGCAGCAACAUCUCGCACAAGCUGCGGCUCUCCCGGGUCAAGCCGACCGACGAGGGGACCUACGAGUGCCGGGUGAUCGACUUCAGCGACAGCAAGGCUCGCCACCACCGGGUGAAGGCCUACCUGCGGGUGGAGCCCGAGGAGCCCCGGGAGCCCCACCGCCACAGCUCCCCCACCGGGCACCUGCAAGACACCCAGCUGCUGGGGGUGCAGCUCUCCGAGCCCAGCAAACUGAGCGCCUCCCACCCCCACCCCCAGCACCACCCCCACAAAGCGGGCAAGGAGCUCAAGAAGCGCUCGGUGGACGGUGCCUCCUGUUCCUUCUAGAGCGGGCUGCCUCCAGAGCGACGGUCCUGAAUGGCCGGAUGGGGUGCCUCCCUCCUCCUCCUCCCCCCGCCCGCCCGCCACUCCCCCACGCACACCCUCCCUGACCCAUUUGGGGGGGUGGGAAUCAGACCUGGCAGCGGCCAGAGCAGCUCUGGGCCUGGCUGCGGCUGUGCCAGUGUCAGCUUAGCGCCACCUCCACGUCCGCAUGAGCCCCAUCGCCAACCCCUCCCUCCACCGGGCCAUCUAGAUAGGUAUUUUUAAACAUUCCUUUCUAACUCUGACUCCUCCGCCGAAUGGACAACUUCUGGGACUCCGGGGAGAAAAAAGAGAAGCCGCUCCAAGGUGGCCAAGGAUGGAGGAGGCCCAGGUGGCUCCCACAGGGCCACUUGUGGCUUCUCCCGCCUGUGCCCACGUGGGUGGGAGAGGGCUGGCUCCCUAGGAAAGCGGCUGCCUCUUCCCAUCCAUCCCGGCACUUUGGGGGUCUCCAAGCAAGACUGUCUUCCCUGCUUGUCCUUUGGGAGUACCGAAGGGACCCAGACUCGAGGUUGCCCGCUUGGCUGCCAGGAGGUUUCCUCUGCAGAAGGACAUCUGGGCAAGCCGCACCUGGCAGAGCCCCACCUGUUGCAUUGUUUGCUUCUCACACCAUUUGUGAACCCCUCGGAGGUGCCCUCUUGCUUUGUAAGGCCAGGCCUCCGGGGGAUGCCGUUGAGACCGUCACUUCUAACUCACCCGUAUCGACUUGUGUUCCUAUGAAAUCUCUGACUGUACAUUGUAAAUAGGACCGACUGUUUCUUCCUCACACGGCCCCACCACCGCUUUGCGGCUGCAGCGGCAGCACCUGGAUCAAGCCCCUCUGAGUCUAUUCCCCAAAGGGCCACGGCACUCCCGUCCCGCACCCACCCCAGCCCCCUGCACUGGGUGCCGGUCAGCCAAGAACAGGCAGGCUGGGCUUGUAGUGUGUAGCUGAGGUGGGAGCCGGCAGGGUCCUUGCAGCUCCCCUCUUAGAACGGCUUGAGAGGCCACCGUGGUGACCCAGGUGACAGCUCCCCCCAGCCCUGAGAUUUGACACCUCUCUGUGCAUUGCUCCUUGUGGUGCCCCAACCUGGCGAGCCAGCCCUGCCCAGCUGGUCUCUUCUCGCGACAACCCUCUUUGACCUGAAGAAGCCCAGGCGGCAUUCUGCUGCCCGCCAGAAAGGCGUGCCUGGAGGACGGGUGCCAGGCUCUGUCCCGCAGAGAAAGAGGUGCCCUUGGAGAGGUGCCUCUGAGGAUGGCUUCUUAUCGCCCUUUUGGGGGGGGGAGGCUGCUUGGGUAAAAAUACAGAUUGGGAAGGGAGGGCCGGGCUCCUGCUCUUGCGCCUUUUCUCCAGAGAAGCAGCAGUGAGGCAGGUGCAUUUUGUACUCAGGGGUUUCUACCCCAGAAGCAGGCCAGAGGCACCUCUGCAGAGUCACCCAAUUUGCUGCCCGGGGAACAUAAAUGACGCAGACCCGAGUGGAUGUCCGUCAAAAAGGAAACCCCGCCCCUGGCCUGAGAUGCCUCCCUGUGACUUCGCAGAGCCUGCCGGUCUCUCGCCUCCCCGGGCCGGCCCAAACCCGUGCGUGCUCCUUAGGAUGGGGGCAGGCUGGGAAAGGCCAGGUGGCCCUCCAGUGUGUCACACUGGCAUCUAGAAAUGGAAGCUCUUUUCCUCCAGCUCGGCCUCAGGGAGGUUCUUCCUCCUCCUUGAGUUCAUGGAGACGUGUGUGGGGUUUUGUGACCCAGCUAUGUUCCUCCAUGUGGUGUGUUUUCCCCUCUGUGGAAGGCAGAGCAGGAGCGGCUCAUCUGAACAAGCGGUGGUGGUGGGGGGGGGGCACUAAGGAGGCACAGCUGCCUUUGCUGCCCAGAGCUCUGUUCGCUCUCCUCUCACCUGCUGAACGUGCUGCCUGCUGGCUGGCCAUUCAUCAGGUAGAGCUGCGUGGUUAACUGCACAGCUCUCCCUGACGAAUGGCCAGUCUGCAGGCAGCGCAGCUCGUUAUUGCCGAGUCCAGGUGGAAUAGCAAAGAGAGGAGCAAAAGGAGCUCCGAGAACGGAAGGCAGCGGUGCCUCCUUUGGUGCUCCUGAGGGAGAGGCUAGAAUGCAGACCGCUGUCAGGCACAAGCAAUCUUUGACUGACAUCCCGGCUAAGCUCUGCUGCUGCUGCUGUUGCUGCAGCAACAUUGUGCUGGUGCUCUGAGGGAGAGCAUCCCCUUCCUCUGAAGUGGGCUGUGGCUCCCAAAAAUAUGUCCCUGAGGGUUGCACAGCCUUUGGGGAGUCACAGUGGGCUUCAGAGGGGAGGGGAGAUUGGCAAAAAGUGUCCCCCGCUCAUAGCACCCGUGCGUAGUUAGUCUGGAUGUCAGUCUCCGAGUCCACACCACAAGCUCCCCCCUGACCCCGGUCCUCUUGUAUAUAUUUCUACUCGGUUUGUCUAGAGGGAAGCCAGCAGCAGAAGCAGCCAAGACUGGUGCGGGGGUGGGUGGGGUCAAUUGCCACGUGAGAUUGGGGGUCUCUUGUCUUGGAGGUUUUCAAGAAACCGUUAGGGAGGCAUGCAACCGAGGUGCUUUAGGAGAGCGUUUUCCUGCCUCUGGACAGAGGGUCAGAUGAGACGACCCCGCGAGGUCCCUUCCAGCUCUAUGACUGUAAUCCCAGGGUAUCAUAGGAGCCCCAAAUGCUGCACUGACAGUUAAGCGUAGAAGCUGGGGGUGGGGGUGGGGGUGGGGGUGGGGUGGGCAGGCAACUUCCUUGCUGUCAACUGGCCCUUCGCCACAUGAUCCAGUCUCUGUGACCAGCUGAAGUGAAUAAAGACCUUUACAUGGA